AUGUUAUUUGUUUCUUUGUUGGUUUGGGUGGCUGCAGUGGCUGCACAGUUUGUUAGGCCAGUGGCACCUUCAGAAGACGACUUCUACUCGGCUCCUGCUAACCUUACACUGUAUAAGAAUGGUGAUAUAAUAAACUUCCGUCCGGCUCCUGGCAUGAUCAGAUCUGUUUACUUUCCCGUGGACGUCAAGAAUGCAUGGCAGCUACUUGUGAGGUCGGAGGAUUCUCAUGGUAAUCCAAAUGCUAUAGUUACGACUGUCUUGGAACCAUAUAACGCUGAUCCCAAGAAGGUUGUUUCGUACCAGCCAGCUCAGGAUUCUUCUACGAAUGAUUGCAGUCCGUCUUAUUCGUUCUUGUUUAAUGCUCCAAUGAGCACGGUUGUUCUUCAGGUGGAGAUGAUCUUGAUGCAGACGGCUCUUGCCAAGGGCUGGUACUUGGUGGUUCCUGAUUACGAGGGGUUCAAGGGUGCAUUUACUGCUGGCAUUCAGUCUGGUCAGGCUACGAUCAACUCUUUAAGAGCGGCUUUGAAGUCUGAAGAUAUUACGGGUAUUGAUCCAGACGCCAAAUCUGUGUUCUGGGGGUACUCUGGAGGUACUAUUGCUUCUGGCUGGGCUGCUGCUCUUCAACCCAAAUACGCUCCAGAGCUUAAGAAAAGCUUGGUUGGUGCUGCUUUGGGCGGCUGGGUUACCAACAUCACACUCACUGCUGAGAUUACUGAUGGUACGAUCUUUGGUGGAUUUAUUCCUAACGCUAUCAAUGGUAUGCUUAACGAGUACCCUGAAGUCCAGGACAUUCUCGAUGAAGAGCUCAGAAAAGAUAAGGUCAAGGCUUUUGAGGAUGCCAAGGAGAAGUGUCUUUUGACGUCGAUUGUCGACUACAUGUUCUUGGAAUUCUUUACUGGCAAGAAGCCAUGGUCCAAGAGCGGAUGGGAGUUCUUCCAGAUUCCUUUGGUUAAAGAGAUUGUCAACAACAACACCGCUGCUCUUUACGAAGAUGGGCCUCGUCCUGAGAUCCCACUCUUCGUGUUCCACGGCACUGAAGACGAGAUUGUACCCUUUUCUGGAGCCCAGAGGGCAUACACCAACUACUGCAAGUGGGGAAUCGAUAGUCUUGAGUUUGCUGUUUCCAACACUACAGGCCAUAUUUUAGAGUGGGCUGAAGGCAGUGGCGCUGCUUUGGUCUGGAUAGACAAGAUGUUCAAUGGAGAAAAGCCAGUGGAAGGAUGCAAAAGAACCGUCCGUUCCACCAACGUUCUUUACCCAGGUGCUGAUGUCCAGUACCGUCAGCUUGUUAGAACGUUAUUCAGCUCAAUCGGGGGCGGUAAGAUUGGUGAAACUACCAGAAACAUCACUGAAUCCACCAUGGUCAGUACUAUCAUGCAACAUGCCAUUGGAGCGUUACUUGAAAAGGCCGGACCUAUUCCAUUCAAGAGAGAUUUAAUGGAAAACGAAGAGUUCAGUUCAUCUGCCUUCAAAGGUCUCAAUGAUGUUGUUCGUUUAUGGAAAGACAACCAGGUCGACCCUCGUUCCAUAGCUGCUCGUGGUCUCUUCUAA